UCCGGGUUGGCCUCUGUCCAGCGCCCCCUGGGCAUGGGGAGCCCUGACGUGGACUCUGUCUGUCCUGCCCCCUCCCCAUGCAGGUGGUACAAACUGCACUCCAAGGCGGGCAAGAAGGAAAAGGAGCGCGGCGAGAUCCAGGUCACCGUCCAGUUCACGCGCAACACCCUGAGCGCCAGCAUGUUCGACCUGUCGGUAAAGGACAAGCCACGCUCGCCCUUCGGCAAGAUCAAGGACAAGAUGAAGGGCAAGAAGAAGUACGAGCUGGAGUCAGCCUCGGCCAUCAUCCCCAGCAGCGCCCUGGACGACCCCGACCUGCUCGGCGGCUCCAGCAAGAAGGCCAAGGCCAAGGCCUUCUUCCUCCGCAACAAGCUGCGCAAGUCCUCGCUGACGCAGUCCAACACCUCGCUGGGCUCCGACAGCACGCUCUCCUCCACCAGCGGGAGCCUGGCCUGGCUGGGCUCCGAGUACCUGACGCGCUCCCCCAGCCGCCACAGCCGGCUGUCCACCGAAGGUGGCAAAGACUCGGCUUCCUCCCCCAAACUGCUGACCCACAAGCGGGCCUACAGUGAUGAAGUGAGCCAGGUGCAGGCAGGGCUGCCCCGCGCUGGCCACGACCCUGGCUCUGGGUCUUCCCUCUGCAUCAAUGGCAGUCACAUCUACAACGAUGAGCCGUCUGUCCCACAGGCCCACCGCGCCUCCAUCUCGGGCCCCUUCCCUUCGGCCAGUGCCCUCCACGGUCUCUCCCUGCGGCGGGCCGAGGAGGGCACGGGGCCGUCGGACACGGCCCCCGGGGGCAGCUCUGAGCCGGUGGCCGCGGCAGGUGUGGGCCGAGAGGAGUCUGGAGCGCGGGCUGGCGAGGAGGAGGGUCCCCGGCGGGCAGAGGGGAAGCCCGUCCAGGUGGCCACGCCCAUAGUGUUCCCAUCCACGUCAGCAGAGAGAGAAGACGGGAGGAAGGAGGAGCGCAAGACCCGCGUGGGUCUUUUCCACCAUCACCACCAUGGGGCAGGCCGCAGGGGCUCCCUCGGGGAGAAGAUGGGCCUGGCCCUGGGUGCCUCCCUACACCCUUCCUCCAGUGGGGAGGAGAAAGGCAGGAGCGGCUGGUUUGGUUCCCGAGAGGGGAAGGAGCACACCCAGAAGCCCAGCCUGGACGUGUCUCCUCAGGUAGAACCUGGCCCAGAUGCGCCUGCGCCGCCUCCUCCGGGCAGCCUCCCCUGCCCCCCCCCUGCUCCUGUUCCCGCUGCUGCCGCUGCUAGCAUGCUAAGCACUAACCUCUUUGCACCCGCUGCCGCCGCCACCGCCUUUGCCUCCCCCCCUGCCCCCUCCCCCAGAUGUCUGGGAUCUACCAACCCAUUCCUCCCCUCCCUGCAGAGCAACCCCUUCUUUGAGGAGCUCGUGGCGGACAAAGCGUUAAAGUGUGCUUCACCUGCUCGCUCUCUCCCCAGCGGCUCGCUGGUAGCGGCCCCCACUGCGCCCUCCCUGCCGGAGUGGGACGACACCUUCGACGCCUUUGCCGCCAGCAGGCUGCCCCCCGAUGCUGGGCACGGACUCUCGGCCCCAGCCGCAGAGAGGGGGGCCUUGGGAGCGCUCCAGGCCGGCGAUGAUGACGUGCAGAUGGCAGGGUCUCAGGAAGCUCCCAGGGGAGGGGGAGGAGGCUCAGUAUCGGCGCCAGAGGCUUCCGGACCCCUGAGUCUUGACGGCUGGAGUGUGGCCCCUGCUGGCUGGGAGUCACCUGUGUUUCGAGGACCCAGCCCCUCCUUAGCAGCCGAAUGGCCCUCACCGAGCCGGGAGCCAGAGGAGGAGACCCCCUGCCAGCGUCAGGAAGCGGACCAACACCCAGAAGCCCCUGAGGCUGCUUGUCCCAGGCCCCGAAGAAGAGUGAGCGCUGAGCAGGAGAGGUCGCCUAACCCCGGAGCAUCCACGGAGCCUGAGGAAGAGCCCAGGAGCGUGGAAAGCCACUUUUUCCAAGAGUUGAAUGUGGUUACUGAUCUCUGGUCAUCAGAGAUGGUAAACAUCCCUCCUGUGUCCAGGAGCCCCCCUCCCAUCCCAAAGAGAAGCUGGGAGCAAGAAGAGAGCCUUUGGGGGGCUCUGGAUGAACCCCCCGGCCUUCAGGAGCCAGGAUCCCCAGGGCCACCUCCAGACUCUGCAGGAGACGUGGACAGAGAAGUCUUCUCACCACCCCCUGACAAAGGGGAGGGGUCCCCUGCACCAGAACCUGGCUCUCCUCCACCCAAGCCACCACGCCUUUUCACACCCAUGAAUUCCCAGAAUGAAGAGGAAGAAAUGAACCCAGGGGAGCUGAGCAGAGAAGGGACAGAACUGUGUGUCGAAGACAUCUGCCCAGGCCUUCCGGCUCUCCACCACCAGGAUGAGAUGGAGGGGGGUGCCUUGGGUGUGGAAGAGCUCGAGAUCUGCCCCACUGUAGACCGUCCAGACCAACGUGCUUCAGAAGGGGACUCUGUCAGCUGCUGGGACCCGGUUCCCCGGGUCCCUGAGCCCGGCUCUCCACCAGCUGUCCUGGAUGUCCCUUCCCCAACACUCACCUCACAGAGCAAAGCUGGCCAGAGCCAGCAUUUCUGGGCAGUUCAGGAAGCAGAGUCUCAAUUCCUUGGCAUGUUGGGGACCCUCCAAGACAAACCUGAGCCCCCUGGCCCCCUGGUGACUGCUGGUUUGGAGAAAGAUCCUUUCUGGGCUUCUGAUGAUGAUGAUGAUGACACCUUGAGCUCCUCCUUACCUCGUGGGAGCCCAGCUUCCACCAUCCUUCCAGCCUUGCUUUCUGCUGGGGAUGAAGCUUCUCCAGAAUCUCCCAGCCUAGAACUUGUGGCCCCUCAGGAUCCCCUCCUUGCUCCUCCCCUCCCUCCCCCUCUCCCUUCUCCAUGCCCAGCCACUAAUGUGAGCAGGAAGCCUGGCCAAGAAUCCCUCUCUCUGCAUGGAAGCCGGCCCUUCUCCUUCUCUACCCCGGCCCCGAUGGACUUCCCUGCAACCCGAGGCCCCUUCGAGUUCCCCUCGCCCAUCGAGGGCUCCUCGAGCCCACAGUGGGGCAUCGAGACCCCUUCCACCCUGCUUGCGCUUCUGCCCCUGGAGACACGACCAGCUGAGGAGCCUUCGAGCCAGCCUGGCGCCAGGUGAGGGGCAGGGGGGUGG